CGGCCCCGCUCGGGGAUGGCGGCGGCCCGGCGGGCGCGGGCGGGCGCUGGCGGCGCGGGGCCGGGGUUCGGGCGGGCGGCCGAGCCGGCGCCGGCGGUGCCGCAGGGGCUGCUGCGGUUGGCGCGGCGCAGCGGGCAGCUCAACCUGGCGGGACGCGGCCUCACCCACGUUCCCAAGCACGUGUGGAGGAUCAACCUGGACACGCCGGAGGAAGCCCAGCAGAACCUGUCCUUCGGAGCUGCCGACCGCUGGUGGGAGCAGACGGACCUGACCAAGCUGAUCCUGGCCUCCAACAAGCUGCAGAGCCUCUCGGAGGAUGUGCAGCUGCUGCCUGCCCUCACCAUGCUGGAUGUGCAUGACAAUCAAUUGACAUCACUUCCUUCUGCUUUAGGGCAACUUGAAAAUCUCCAGAAACUCGAUGUCAGCCACAACAAACUGAGGAGCCUUCCCGAGGAGCUGCUGCAGCUGCCCCGUCUGAGGAGCCUCCUGGUGCAGCACAACGAGCUGAGCCAGCUGCCCGAGGGGCUGGGGCAGCUCCUCACCUUGGAGGAGCUGGAUGUGUCCAACAACCAGCUCACAGCCAUCCCCACCAGUUUUGCUCUGCUGGUGAAUUUGGUGCGGCUCAACCUGGCCUGUAACCAGCUCAAGGAGCUGCCUGCAGAUCUCAGUGCCAUGAAAAGCUUGAGGCAACUGGAUUGUACCAAAAAUUACCUGGAAACAGUACCUCCCAAAUUAGCAACCAUGGCAUCCCUGGAGCAGCUUUACCUGAGGAAAAACAAACUGCGUUCCUUGCCGGAGUUUCCCUCCUGCAGGUUACUGAAGGAAUUACACGCUGGGGAGAAUCAGAUUGAAAUCCUGAAUGCGGAGAACCUGAAACAGCUGAGCUCCCUGUGUGUGCUGGAGCUCAGGGACAACAAGAUCAAGGCAGUGCCCGAGGAGAUCACGGUGCUGCAGAAGCUGGAGAGACUCGACCUGGCCAACAAUGACAUCAGUAGGUUGCCUUACACCCUGGGGAACCUCCCUCAGCUGAAAUUCCUGGCCCUGGAGGGAAAUCCUUUGAGAACCAUUCGGAGAGACCUGCUGCAAAAAGGCACCCAGGAACUGCUGAAAUACCUGAGAAGCAAAAUCCAAGAUGAUGCACCUGGCCCCAAUGAAGAGCCUCCUGUGACAGCCAUGACUCUGCCCAGCCAGUCCAAGGUCAACAUCCACGCCAUAACCACACUGAAAUUACUGGAAUACAGUGACAAGCAGGCCGCCGAGAUCCCCGAGGCCGUGUUCGAUGCUGUGGGCGCCAAUCCCGUGGCCACCGUGAACUUCAGCAAGAACCAGCUCAGGGAGAUCCCCCCAAGGCUGGUGGAGCUGAAAGAUUCCGUUUGUGAUGUCAGCCUGGGCUUCAACAAAAUCUCCUCCAUUUCCUCAGAGCUGUGCCUGCUCCAGAAAUUAACACAUUUGGAUCUCAGAAACAAUGUUCUGACAGCCUUGCCUGAGGAAAUGGAGGCACUGAAAAGACUGCACACAAUAAAUCUUGCUUUUAAUAGGUUUAAGGUGUUUCCCAGUGUCCUGUAUCACCUCCCAGCCCUGGAGACCAUCCUGCUCAGCAACAACCAGGUGGGAUCCAUUGACCCCCUGCAGCUGAAGGCCCUGGACAAGCUGGGAACGCUGGACCUGCAGAACAAUGACCUCCUCCAGGUGCCCCCAGAGCUGGGCAACUGUGAGAACCUCAGGAGCCUGCUGCUGGAAGGGAACCCGUUCCGCACGCCCCGCGCCGCCGUGCUGGCCAAGGGCACGGCUGCCGUGCUGGAGUACCUGCGGAGCCGUAUUCCCACCUGAGCCCUGGGCAUUGCUCCUGGGCCUGGGCACUGCUCCUGGGCCUGGGGACUGCUCCUGGGCCUGGGCACUGCUCCUGGGCCUGGGCACUGCUCCUGGGCCUGGGCAUUCCCUCCUGGGCCUGGGCAUUCCCUCCUGGGCCUGGGCAUUCCCUCCUGGGCCUGGGCAUUCCCUCCUGGGCCUGGGCAUUCCCUCCUGGGCCUGGGAAUUCCCUCCUGGGCCUGGGCAUUCCCUCCCCUGGGCAUUCCCUCCUGAGCUUGGCCAUUCCCACCUGAGCCCUGAGCCUGGCCUGGCAUUCCCGCCUGAGCCUGGCCUGGCCAAGGGCAGGGCUGCACUGCUGGAACACCUGCAGAGCCACAUUCCAGCCCCACAGGAGCAGGCUGGUCCCCCCUGUCCCACCAGCAGCCCUGGGCUCCACUGCCCCCAUCCUUCUGCUCCUGGCUGGGAGUCUGCCCAGCCACGAGCCUUUGUUGCAGUGUUAAAAACCCAGGUGUGGAACAUUCCCUGCCCUCUGCAUGUUCCAGCAGGGAUUUCAGCAUCCUACCCUGUGUUUGCAAUAAAGGACAGCAGGGAAAGCUGCCUUCAGCACAGCCACAGUGCUUCCUGCAGCUGAGCUGGGCUCUGGAGAGAGUCGUCACCAUCAGAGCCUUGGGGCCAAAGGCAGAAGGGAGCACUGUGGGUUUUGGAUUCCUUUUUUAUCUUGUGUCACUGCUGUCCCCAGAACUGCCCCGGUGUGAGGUGGACUGCUUGAGCUGUGAGGGGGUGAGAGGUGCCCCAGGUGUGUGCAGGGCUCACCUGGGUCAGAGGGGCUGGUGCUGCAUGGAGACAAUAAAUGUUCCCUUGGACAUCU